CGCGGGUCGGUAUGGUACGACUCGCGACUGCUGUAGCUAGUACUACUACAUGUACUAGCCUACAGUCAGACUACAUGUAGGUGUCGUACAAAAAUUCUCCAAUGAUUCAAUCCUGCUUGGAAGGCAUAAUCGGGAAUGUCAUGUUCACUCUUGUGUGAAUUGUUUGAACAUACAUACCGGUAAUAAUUUAUUCUAAUGGCAUCACGAGAUAAAAAGGCUGCACUGAACUCCUAGAAGGCUAGAUCCUCUGAUCUGUAGCGUAGCGUAGCGUGCCCAACUAGUCCCUACAGAGCACGACAGUAGUCCACCUGUGGAGUUAGCGGUUUUCAUUACAUUAGUAGCACGUCUUCAGCGCACUAAUAAUUAUUUUGUAAUAGUGCAGAAAUACUGAAAGACGUCGUAGCCCGGUCUGCUUGUUACGUCUGCUGCACUGCAGAUGCAUUUGCCGUUACUUGAGCAGUAUUUCCCCUAGCUUGCAGUCAGCGUUUUAGUGCUAACAAAAAUCAUUUCAGGCGAGCGCGCACUGAGUCACUCAGCUCGCUUUUCCUUUUUCCUGCGUGAAUUUGAAACACUUGCAUUCUGUGUUCAUCCCCUAGCUCAUGCUGGCAAGUUCGUGAAGACUACUUCGCUCAGCAGCGGCGCUCAACUCCACUCCGUAGAUUUUGGCUUCGGGGCACCGCCAGUGAAGCAAGCGCAUCAGCUGCUGCUUUGGCUAGCCAGAAAGCUAGCGGUCGCUCUGAGCAUCAAACUCGACUACACGCAAUUAUUGUGGAAUUAAUUGUUGUGCUCCAGUGGCCUGUGUGUACGGACCAGCUUGUAGCCCCGCGUUGGACGGACAACGUGCGGUGAUUGGUGGACAAGCAAGCCUGCUCAGAAUACAGCGUGCGCACUUGUAUCAGCCUAGUAAAGACAUAAUUGUCACGGCUCUGUAGUGGGCAGUCUCCAUGAGCCAAGUGCAGAACGUCUGCUGCUAGAACUCAGUACUGGUGUCAUAGUGGUUGAACGAUAAGCUAGCGCACUGCAAGCGUACAACUGUGGGCAGUACAGGCUCUAGACUGCAUGUAGCUUUGAGCAUAGCAUGUCGUAGUUAGAGAACUUGCCUAGUUCUUUGUGUUAUCGUUGCCGAUCCGAUUUCGACGCCGAAUAUGGACUACGCCAAGCCUCGCGACCGUCCCAAGUUCUUGCAGAGCCGCAGCUGCAGCGUGCUGACUCUGCUGUUGGCUAUCAUCUUGAUCGUGGCUGUGAUGACUCCCCUGCCACUGAGCCUGCGUCGCAUGGACCUGCCCGUGUACAGCUCCACACAGUACCGGUCUCACGAAGUGCACUGGUACCGCUGCUUCAACCUCCAACGCCAGCCGAGCUUCUACGAGCUGAGCGAGCUGCUCGCUAACUGGUCCCGCUCGCCGGACGCGCUAUGCCAGCAGCUACUGAGCCAGUUCCAAGACAUGUACCAAGUAGAAUCUCGCGUGGGCGCAGUCAACGUCGGCCCAGAGUUCCGCGCCAAGAUCAGCGGGUGGCUGAAGCACGACGCCGCGCUGCUGGCCGAACUCAAGCGGCAAGUGGUCUUCUCGAUCUUCAACCGCUACACGCACGAGAGCACGCUGUUCAGCAAGCUGCGCUCGAAACGCCCGGGGCUGAGCAGCGACACGGAUCCCCGCGCGUUUGCCGAGCAGCUGGCGCGCGACACGGAAAAGUCGUGCGACUUUUGCAAGUACAAGACGAUGACGGCAUCGGAUAGUUUCGGUCGUCUUGAGUCCAAUCAUGCCGUCGCCGUGAGCAACGUGUUCAAGUACGAGGCGUUUCACGGCCUGAUCAUCCUCAAGAAGCACGAUCCGCUCUCCUUCAACGAAGUGGAGUUCAUGGACAUGAUGUCAUUGCUUCUCAGGUGGUUCAAAACAGCACACACGGAGCGGUCCGAGUUUCGAUUUCCGAACUUCAACUGGGACAUGCUGCCACGGGCAAGUGCAUCGCAGGUGCAUCCUCACGGCCAGGCUGCCCUGGCACCCGCACACAACUACGGCCUAAUGGAGCACAUCCGACUGGCGGCGGUGGAGUACCCGCUGCGGCACGGCGCCAUAGGUGGCAAGCAACUGAACUACUUCACCGUACUGCGCCAGCUGCACAACGUACUGGGUCUGAGCGUCACGCUCGGCCCAGCCUCAGCCAUCGCCUACCUGACGCCGAAAAAGGACUUUGAGAUCGUAGUCAUGGCGGCGUUGCCAGGCGACGAGUUCUUCCGGCUGGUGUACCACACGCUGCGCACGUUCAUUGAUGACCUGAAGCUGGUAUCCUACAGUAUGGGUAUGUAUCUACCGCCGGUGGAUCAUUGGAACUCGGCGGACGGCGCGGACAUUCCCGCCGUGGCGCGCAUCAUCAGCCGCGGCGACGUCAGCAGCGGGCGCUCGGACAUCAGCGCCAUGGAGCUGUUUGGAGCGUCGCAGGUGAAUCAAGACCCGUACGUAGUCAUAAACAAGUUACGCCGGCGUCUGCAGCGCAGUGGAAUCACCGUCACGUAACACACCGCUCGAUGCGUCAAUUCCCGUUGUCACGCAUCAUCCAGUGUGAUAUGGUGUAGCCGUUACGCUGCACUGUAGUCGGAUGCUACGAACACGACGCUGCGAGACCGCUCAGAGCUGCGGCAGCCUACUUGUUUGAUUGUGAUUGCGUCUGUGAGUAUCCGGACUGUGCAGUGGUGAUGCCGCUGCUGCUGCUGCUGCUCGUGUUGGAAUAAUGCUAGUGGUGCUGUGUUGUUGUUGCUGCUGCUGCUGCCACUGUUGCCACUGCUGGGGGCGGUGGUGUAGGAACAUGCUGUUGGAACGUGGUGCUAUCCAGCUUCUCAACAAGCCACUGCCACCCUUGUAGCCAUGCUUUGGUAUUGCUGCUGCUGCUGUGGGGCUGUGGCGGUGGUGCUGCUGCUGCUGGUGCUAUCCAGUGUCGCAACAAGCCACACUUGUAGUGAUGCAGUACACGAUCAGAGUAGAGUAGAGCGGUGCUCAUCAUCAUCAUCAUCCGAUAAUCUCGCUGAGUUCCGUGACCGCAGAGCACUGUACGCCGUCGGCCUCGCUUCCCCGUUGCCUGCCAUGCUGUUGCCAUGGUGUUGUCGCGUGGCUGCAGUCUCUGCUGCGGCCCGUGUGCUGACUUGCGACCGAGUGUGGCGUUGGCUGCGUCGUCGGUCCCUCUGUACGUCGUCGGUCCCUCUGUGCGUCGUGGGUCCCGCUGUGCGUCAUCGGCGUGCGGUUGGAGUGUCACCAUCGUGGUGUGGCGGUGGACACGUUUCUCUCGUUUCCAGCCUCCUCACGCAUGGUUUGGCCGCUGGCACGAUGUGUGGCGGACAUGUUUCUCUCGUUUCCAGCCUCCUCACGCAUGGUUUGGCCGCUGGCACGGUGUUUAGUAGGCCCAUGUCGAUUAGUAUUGCUGAGACAGCUGAUGAGUGGGUUUGGCCAGCACACGUAGCUCUUCCACACGUGGCUUUUGCAAGAACAGAUUGUUUGCCACCAGUGCGCGUAGCUCUCCCACGCGUACAGCUACUGCCAAGAACACCGUCACUCUGUACACGUGUGUUCACGUGCAGUUCUCUCAGCGUUUGCCGAGCUCAGCGUGCAGAAAUUCUCGCCAGCUCACACAACGCAUGCAUGGCCAGCAGCCGUGUUCUCUCUUCUUCGUUCCAUCCUGCCAUGUGUACGACCCCCCCUCCCCCCCCCCCCCCCCAUUCGACUGGGCCCAAUAGUGUCAUGCACACUUCAUCCAUAUCCAGUGAUGGCUGUGGAAUCCCCCAGUUGACUGGGCCUAGUAAUAGUGUCGCCGUAUACAUGUAUAUCUCAGAAACUCCCAACCUGUAGCUGCUCUCCAGCUAUCAUUGGUGUACAAAACACACCCUUUUAAGUUAUGAAUUAUGGGAAAGUAUCAGAGGAAUACACCACAUUUGGUGAUACGAAAUAUUCAAAUAUCAAUUUGGAUCCAAGCUGGUCCUCGGCUUUUUCCUUUUCUUUUUUUGGAGCUGAUGUGCGACAACCCCGCACAGUUCCUACCUCACUUUAGCACUUUAGCACUUUAGCUAACUAAGCGUAUUACUACAUGCAAGAGUAUAUAACCCCCCAGAGUGUGCAACGCCGAUCCAGUUCUGCAUAGGGUCUUGGUCGAGCGGAAUCGGAUCUUCUGAUGUCAUGCGUACACUCCACACCAGCGCAAGGCCGGUCUCGAGGCAGGGCACCGUUAUUAUUGAUCCGAGAGGACCCACGACUCCCCGGGUUCCCCUCAGAUAUGUACGGUAUUAUGACGCAAAGAUCCGAUUCCGCUCGACCAAGACCCUAUGCAGAGCUGGAUCAGGUGUUGCACACUCUGGGCGGUUAUGUACUCUUGCUACAUGUAAUUGCAUCAGAUUCUAAAGCUCUAACAAGUUGCACUGAACUGCGUCUUGCGAAGCUUGAACCAUAUCUUUGAUUUUUCUAUUUGUUGCCUUUUAGCCAAAUUUUAUUAAUAAGAAGCUGAUACCUAAUACGCUGAUAUUCCAUGUGCGAAAUUCUACAGCAUAUUCUGCAGUACCCAUGCGUACUAUUAUUACUGCUCAUUCGUUUCAUUUGUGUGUUUUGGAUCUCUUUGUUCGAUGUACACAGAUUUUAUUUAUGA